CAUAGGAUGUCAAGAGAAACCGAUUCUGAGGCCAUUCGCCUCCCAACUGUCGCAGAGAUCGAGGCCGCGACGGAAGUCAUAAGCACGCCAGACACAUCCGCGAAAGUCGUCCGGGUAAACGAGCGUUUCGCAGUGAAACUGGGUCACGGCGUGACCCUGAUAGAGGCUGAAAAUAUGAGGUCUCUCGCAGCAAACAGCAAAGUUCCAGUCCCAAAAGUCCACGCAGCGUUCAGGGACCCCAACACCAACAAGGCUUAUAUUAUUAUGCAAUAUCUCCCUGGUGAUACCCUUCAAAAAUUAUUGCCAUCCCUUAAGCCAGUGGAAAAAGCUACAAUAUGCAACUUGAUUAAAGAUGCUAUCACGGAGCUACGGAUGCUCUGGAGUGAAGGUCUAGAUCCUAAGAUUUCAGGUCCUUUCGAAAACCAGGAAGACAUGAAUCUUGCUAUUAUUGAGAAACUUCGCCAGACAGAAUCAAGCCAGUACAUUCAAUUGUUGCGGAAUAUGUUUAAUCGGACCCUGAACAGCCACCGCACUGUUUUCACCCACGGUGACCUUCAGCCAAAAACUAUUAUGGUUGAAAGGCUAGGAGAUCGUGACGGAUGCCCAGUGUUUAAGAUCACUUUACUGGACUGGGAAAGCGCUGGAUGGUAUCCGGAGUUCUGGGAUUUCUGCAAUGCUACAAUCGCCUGUAGGUUCAAACCUGACUGGCUUGAACUUGUGCCUGAUAUUCUGGAUCAACACUCAGUGGAGUUUCUCAUGAUGCAGGUGGUAUAUUCUUCUAUCUUCUACUAG